GUGCGCUCGCCCGCCCCCCCCGCCGUGCGCAUGCGCCUUGCUCGCGCGCGCUCACGGGAGAGGAUGGCGGGGGCCGCGCCGGGCGCCAUCAUGGACGAGGACUACUUCGGGAGCGCGGCCGAGUGGGGCGACGAGGCGGACGGUGGCCAGCAGGAAGAGGAUUACGGAGAGGGAGAAGAUGACGCAGAGGUCCAGCAAGAAUGCCUACAUAAGUUUUCUACCCGAGAUUAUAUAAUGGAGCCCUCCAUCUUCAACACUCUGAAGAGGUAUUUUCAGGCAGGAGGGUCUCCGGAGAACGUUAUCCAGCUCUUAUCUGAGAACUACACGGCCGUGGCCCAGACUGUGAACCUGCUGGCUGAGUGGCUCAUUCAGACAGGUGUUGAACCAGUGCAGGUUCAGGAAACAGUGGAAAAUCACCUGAAGAGUUUAUUGAUCAAACAUUUUGACCCCCGCAAAGCAGAUUCUAUUUUUACUGAAGAAGGAGAGACCCCAGCUUGGCUUGAACAAAUGAUUGCACAUACCACGUGGAGAGAUCUUUUUUACAAACUGGCUGAAGCCCAUCCAGACUGUUUGAUGCUUAACUUCACUGUUAAGCUUAUUUCUGAUGCAGGGUACCAAGGGGAGAUAACCAGUGUAUCCACAGCCUGCCAGCAGUUGGAAGUGUUUUCUAGAGUACUCCGUACCUCUCUAGCUACAAUUUUGGAUGGAGGAGAGGAAAACCUUGAAAAAAAUCUCCCUGAGUUUGCCAAAAUGGUGUGCCACGGGGAGCACACGUACCUGUUUGCCCAGGCCAUGAUGUCGGUGCUGGCCCAGGAAGAGCAGGGAGGCUCCGCCGUGCGUAGGAUUGCUCAGGAGGUGCAGCGCUUCGCCCAGGAGAAAGGUCAUGAUGCCAGUCAGAUCACACUAGCACUGGGUACAGCUGCCUCCUACCCCAGGGCCUGUCAGGCCCUUGGGGCUAUGUUGUCCAAAGGAGCCCUGAAUCCAGCUGACAUCACAGUCCUGUUCAAGAUGUUUACAAGCAUGGACCCGCCCCCCGUUGAACUCAUCCGGGUGCCGGCCUUCCUGGACCUGUUCAUGCAGUCGCUCUUUAAGCCAGGGGCCAGAAUCAACCAGGACCACAAGCACAAAUACAUCCAUAUCUUGGCCUACGCAGCAAGCGUGGUUGAGACCUGGAAAAAGAACAAACGCGUGGGCAUCAACAAGGACGAGCUGAAGUCAACGUCGAAAGCUGUGGAAACCGUUCACAAUUUGUGCUGUAACGAGAACAAAGGGGCCUCCGAGCUGGUGGCAGAGCUGAGCACGCUUUAUCAGUGCAUCAGGUUUCCGGUAGUAGCAAUGGGUGUGCUGAAGUGGGUGGACUGGACCGUGUCUGAGCCCAGGUACUUCCAGCUGCAGACUGACCACACCCCGGUGCACCUGGCCUUGCUGGAUGAGAUCAGCACCUGCCACCAGCUCCUGCACCCUCAGGUCCUGCAGCUGCUUGUUAAGCUUUUCGAGACGGAGCACUCCCAGCUGGACGUGAUGGAGCAGCUUGAGUUGAAGAAGACCCUGUUGGACAGGAUGGUUCACCUGCUGAGUCGAGGUUAUGUACUUCCUGUUGUCAGUUACAUCCGAAAGUGUCUGGAGAAGCUGGACACUGACAUUUCACUCAUUCGCUAUUUUGUAACUGAGGUACUGGAUGUCAUUGCUCCUCCGUACACCUCUGACUUUGUGCAGCUUUUCCUCCCCAUCUUGGAAAACGACAGCAUCGCCGGCACCAUUAAAACAGAAGGUGAACAUGACCCCGUGACGGAGUUUAUAGCUCACUGCAAGUCCAACUUCAUCUUGGUGAACUAAUUUAGAGCAUCCUCCAGAGCUGACCCAGAAUGUUCCAGGAGCCCAGCAGGGGGAAAACCCUUCCGGAAGCUCUUGCUGAAGAGGCCCAGUCAGCGUCCCGGGACUGGGCUCUGGUGGGAGGAGGUGGGUGACCGUUUGUACGGCCGCUAGUGCAGAUGGCCCCUUUCCUCAGAGUCCGGGCUGCCCUUGCACCCUGCUGACCACGUCCCUUUCCCCCCAGCGCAGAAGCUGGGGCCCUCCCACGGUGGCGGGGAGCUCAGACCCUGAGACAUGUAGAUGAACCACCUUCCAAGGUGACUUUUCUUACAAGAACCCCGUUAGUUGAUCUUUUAUUGUCAUUGUUUUAAUUUUCCAAGAAUAAAUUAAAAAGCCUU